AUGCAAAAUCACAACGAGGAAAGCAUCACAGCUCAUGAUUCUGUCGAGUCUUCGGAACCAUCAUCACAAUCAUCAUCGGAACAACAAUCUCAACCAUUAAAUAAUAUUAGAAAUGGUCUUUUGAAUCCGAAAACUCUCCAACUCUUGGAAAAUAGAGCCAAUUUAUUAUCAGAAAGUUUCAAUCAUUUAAUCGGAUCUCUUCAAACGUCCAUGUAUGCGAAGAGUGCAAUUACAUUACAACACAUUGAAUUAUACAGAAACACCGUUGAUAAAUUUUGUACAGAUGUUCACGAAUCAAUUGAUAGCAUGGAAUCUUUCAUGAAUCGAUUAAAUGAUUUGAAUCAAGAGUUGAAACAGAUGAGAAAUUUGUAUCAUAAUAUUAAAGAAUUAAGAAAGACCGUGGAAAUUAUACAACACAAUGUGAAUACUCAUCAACAAAAUCCUUCUUUGAUAUUUUUGUCGAGUCCAGCAGGGGAACAAGAGACCAGCAACAGAAAUGAUGAUGAAGCACCACAAGAACAAAAUUAA